AUGUUACAUAGAGAUUUAUUUCAAGAUUACAUUUCUGAUGUAAGACCUAUACAUAAUGACUCACUUCCAAUAGAAGUUACAAUACAAUUUUGGUUAAAACAACUUUUAAAAGUUAAUGAAAUAGAUCAAACAAUAAGAUUAUACUUAUGGUUAGAAUUAUAUUGGAAAGAUGAGUUAUUAACAUGGGAUCCUAUUAAUUAUGGGAAUAUUACGGAAAUUCACAUUCCGGCAAUAAAAAUAUGGAAUCCAGAUUUGGUUGUUUAUAAUAGUGCAAAUAUGAAUGUUGAAGAAAGUGAUAUGGAAAAGAAUGUUGUUAUAAAAUAUGAUGGAAGUGUUGUUUUAUUUAGAUCAACUAUUACAGAUAUAACUUGUAAUUUAAAUUUAGCUAAUUUUCCUUUUGAUUAUCAAAUGUGUUAUGUUACUUUGGCAUCCUGGUCAAUGGAUAAUUCAAAAAUUCAACUUAAACCUAUUGAAGUAAAAACUAAUAAUUCAUAUCUCGAAUUGUAUGUUCAACAUUCUAUGUGGAGAAUGAUUGGAAUGAAACAUAAAACUUAUUUAAAAUUUUAUGAUUGUUGUAUGCAUGCAUUUCCAGAUAUAACUUAUUUUUUUGUUCUUCAAAGAUCACCUUCAUAUUAUAUAUUUAUACUUAUUAUUCCAUCUACAUUUAUUACUGCUGUAACAAUUGUAGGAUUUUUUACUCCUCACUCAACAACUGGUGAAAAUACAGAAAAAGUUUCAUUAGGUGUAACUGCACUUUUAUCAAUGGCAAUUAUCAUGAUGAUGGUAUCAGAUGAAGUUCCUGCAACUAAUGAUGGUUUACCCUUAAUAGGAAAAUAUUAUAUUGGCUUAAUUGGCCUUAUCUUUUCAGCAGCAUUUUCCACAACAGUAACUUUGCACUUUCAAUUGCGUGCAAAUGUUGGUAUAAGGAUGUCUGAACAAUUAAGAAAUUUAUUAUUUAUAAAAGUUGCCAGAAACAGAAUAUUUCAAUUUUUUUUUUCUCUUCAAAUGAAAAAACGUAGUGCUAGAGACAUGAAUAAUAGCACUUUAUUAUCCGGAUUACAAUCAGUUAACAUUAUGAUAAAUAGUCAUCUUAUUAAAUCAAAUCUUACACAAGCUUUUCUUAAACGUGAUAGUCUCCUUGAGCAUAGUAAUUCAUAUACAAACUUCAAAACUCAUCAAGAUGAUGUUUGGAAGUUAAAUGAAGAUAUAAAUUGCCAAAAAAAUGAAGGGAAUGUUGAUGGAAAAAUGAGGCAAAUAUUUUAUAAAAUAUUAAAUCAUAUUUCUGAUAUAUCUUUUAUCAUGAAACACGAACAGGAAAGGAGAAUUAUAAAAGCAGAAUGGCAACAGGCUGCCAGAAUUCUUGAAAGAUUGUUAAUGUUAUUUUUUCUUGUUGCAACGGCAUUAUUUCAUGUUUAUAUGUUAACUAAUACAUAUACUGAUAUUAUAUUAUCAGACGAAGAACUUGAAAAAAUUAAAAAAUAA